GGUAUAUAGACUGAAAACUUGUCUUUGAUUAUCUAGUGGCAGGACAUUUUGCUGAUUCUUUAAUCACCCGAAAGUGGACUGUUCUCUCAGUACGAAGGUUGAUGAACAGUAUAGGUCUCAUUGGACCAGCCAUUUUUCUCCUGUGCUUUUGUGCAGUCAACAACUUACUGUUUGCAGUGAUAUUUGUUUCAAUAUCAAUGGGACUGUGUGCAUGUAACUCUGCUGGCCAUCUGAGUAACCAUGCAGAUGUAGCUCCAAAUCAUGCUGGCAUCACUUUUGCUAUUUCUAACACUGUGGCCACCAUACCUGGUAUACUUUGUGGACCACUGACGGCAGAACUGGUGACUCAGUCUCAUGGCCGAUGGUUCCCUGUUUUUGUCCUUGCAGCUGGUGUCAACUUUGCUGGUGCAGUGAUUUAUCUGAGUCAGAGUUCAGCCAGUCAAGCACUGUGAAUCAGAGUGAACAUUUUAAACGUUCUACUUCAGAGUGAACAGUGACCGACAAAAAUGCCCUUGAUUCACAGAUUGUGUAUUAUAUGCAGUAUUGUUUUCACACAACUUUGAAGUGUAAACGGUUUACAGACGUCGAACACAGUUUUUUUUUUUUAAUGUUAUAAAAUUGUUCAAAAUGACCAGAAGUAACUGAAGGUAUUAUAUUAUUAUUAUAACGGAAUGUGAAAUUACUUUUAUUGAUUUAGCCUGGAAUUUAUAAUCAGACAAAACUUUGAAAACAGACAGUGAAAAAUAUUUUUAAAAACUUUCUUUAAUUUCACUUUUGUACUUUAUUGUAUACCAGGCUUUUUCAAAACCAAAGCCACAUUUGGUGAGAUAACAUCUUUAUGGACACCUGAAUUUUAUAUUUGUUAUGGUAUAAUUUCAACAAAAAUAAAUUAUCCCUGUAUUCUAUAAAUUUA